UGCUGUAGCCAUCUUGAAUGUUGGUGAUAUCUACGCCGCAAAUCUUCGUUCCUGACCUUCUGUUUUUACGGUUUCUGAGGCCGUCGCUAACACUCUUCGGUAUUCAAACGUGAGACGAAAGAAACUCCAUCCAUCAAUAUGUCUGAAAUGCUGAACUUUGGACCAGAGUGGCUUAGGGCCCUCUCUGGCGGGACAGGAAUAACAUCCCCUCCUCCAUCCCCUCAGUUCAAGCUGGCGGAGCAUCGGUAUGGUCGAGAAGAGAUGUUAGCGCUGUUUCGGAAAACAGACAAGGCUCCCCCGGAGCUGGAAGAGUUCUCGUCGAUCUUGCAGAAGGAAUGUCGUACUCCGAUGACGCUAACACCGUUAACAGAAGAUGAACAGCGCUACUUAUCUCAGUGUGUGAACAGUGCAGCAGUGAUGAGACUAAGAGGAGGCCGGGGAGCAGGUCCCCCUCCUGCCAGGGGGAGGGGGACGGGGAGAGGAAGAGGUCGAGGUCGUGGUGAUUUCCAGCGAGGGGCAGCGGGCUUUGAAGAAGACGCGUUGAGUUAUCCUGGUAGAAGAGAGUUCACAAGAACUGUUAGUUGGGACGAGAGUAACCAUGGUGAGGGACGAGGUAUACGCACCGAGUCUCCUCGUAGCAACUUUGAGGACCCUGGUCCUCCUUCCCCUAGAAAAGUCAUCGAGAGAGGGAGCUCCAGCGACAAUUGGCGCUCCCCGAGGGCACCCGACAAACCGUCAUCCUCGUCGUCUGGGAAGGAGGAGGAAGAUGAAGCAUGGCGUCAGGGCUCUACGAAGCCGCCUCCAAAUCGUUCGUUGUCCACGCAGGAUGAGAACUGGAGAAUGACAUCAGGUCAGUCUCGCGCCAACUGGAACAGCCCAAGAGAACGCGGACAGUCAUUUAACGAUGGCGACCAUCGCGAUCACUUCGACCGUGAAAGUGGUGGUCGUGAACGACGUUACAGCGGUCGUAGCGGCGGGGGCGGUGGACACGGUCGAGGUGGUUGGCAUGAAGAAGAGGAGUUGCCUGAGUGGUCUUUAGAUGACGCCUUUACAAUGAGUGAUGGUCCGGGAACCUUUGAUGCUUCCGGAGCGUUCUUCUCAGGCAAGGAUGAUGAGCCUUUAGAACCAUUGGAGGGGGAUGGAUCAAAAGAAGAUGAAGACCACCAGCAUAAAAACAAUGACAUUGAUCAACCAAAUGAUAAAGAGCAAUCUGGAGAUAGAGACUCUGAUGAUCGCAAACUUUCUUCCAAACACACAAGUGCCGAUCACAAUAAUAGUGAUGUGUAUACUAGUAGUUUAGACUCUCGCGAAUUGGCGGAGAAAUUAGAUAAAUUACGCAACUUCAACAGUACUUCUUCCACAACUGCUGCAAAAGAGGACACAUUGCAGACCAGUGUACUAAGCAAUGCCAAAGGUGCAAACUUUGCAGGAUCCAAAUCAAAAAGCAAUAUUAGUAAUCAGGUGUUAGCCGGCUCUUCCUCCGAUGGCAAACUGGACAAGCUCGCGGAGAAGGGGGUGGAGAUGCUCCCCGGCGUGGUGAUCGGAGGGGCGCCCGGGGAGGGGGGUGAUGAGGGUGGGGCGAAGAAAACGGACUCAAGGAAGAGCAUUGAGGAGAUUGUUGCCAGUAGUGUUGCUUCGGCCGUUGCGACGACCGGCGGGUUGCAGGCGGAUGCAGCAGGUUCAAAGAUGGAGCCUUCAGCACCUUCUGCAGCAGGAGCAGCAGGUCAAGGUGUGGCCGUUAGUGCUGCUGCUGCCAGCGCUGCAGCCAAGGAAGAGGAGGAUGAAGAAGAUCAACUCAAACAUCUUGAAAAAGCUGCUGAAAGCUUGAUGGCCGAGCUUACGGAAGAGGAUGAUGACAAACUUGGCAACGAACUGACGAUGGACGGAGGUCUUAAAGUGAAUAUCAACCCACCUCAGCUGCCACCCACUCAUGAGCAUGCACAUAAAUGGUUCUAUAAGGACCCUCAGGGACAAGUGCAAGGCCCAUUCACGUCAGCAGAGAUGGCGGAGUGGUUCAGUGCCGGCUAUUUCACCAUGACCCUUCAGGUCAAACGGGGAGCUGACGAAGAGUUCGAACCCCUCGGAAUCCUCAUCAAGAGAUGGGGGCGUGUGCCAUUCUUGCCGGCCCAAGAGCCUACACUUAACCAUAGCUCGAAACCUUCAACUCCUACCGGUAACCCUACCGUAGCACCCCCUGCCGCUCAGGCACCGGGAGCACCUUCUGUCAGCCCGACUCCGACCGCAGCUGCUAUUGCUGCCGCGGCUGCUGCAGCCAACUCUGCCGCCGCCAGCUCGGCCGCCCAACAACAACAGUCGGCGACCCAACAACAGCUGGCUCAGCAGCAGCUUGCCACUCAGAUGGCCCAGCUCUUCAGUCAGCAUCAGAUCAUGCAGCAACAACAACAGCAACAGCUCAUGCAGCAACAGCAGCAGCAGCAACAAGUCUUCCAACAACUUUUGAAUCAACAGCAAGCUCUGAUCAGAGUUCAAGCCAGUCGUAUCUACCAGGAGCUGAUCCAGAGAGGUAAAACCCUGACAGUGGCCCAGCAGCAAGUCCUGCGCACCAACCUGGGCACCCUACAGCAGCAGCACCAGCUAGUCAUGCAGUAUCAACAACAGAUGCAACGUCAGAGAGGGUUAUCCCUACCAGCCGGUGUGUCCCUUGACCAGACUCCAACCAGCCUCUCUGCCACCAGUGUCGCUGGAGUGUUGCCACCGUCUGGAGCAAGUGCUGCUGCGGCAGCGGCAGCAGCGGCUGCUGCAGCUGCAGCAGCCGCCGCCAAGGAUAAGAUUGAAGGACCAGAGAUUGGUGUCUGGAACUCUGUCCCCACGAAAAGAGCCGAUUGGGACAUCGGUGUGUGGGAUCCAGCUAUGGCUAGAGAAGUCAUGGAAGAGGAGCGACGUCAACAAGUGCGUCAGAAGGUGGAGGAGGAGAAGAGGAAGACGGAAGAAAUGCACGAAGAGGUGGAGAAACAGAGGGCGGAGGAGAGGAGAAUUGAAGAGCUCAGGAAACGUGGUGUGAACCCUGAAGAACUCAAGAGAUUAGAGGAAAACAGAAAACAGCAAGAAGAAGCGAGGAGAGCUGCUGAAGAAGAAAGGAAACAAAAAGAAGAACAACAAAGAAAAAUGGAACAACAGAAAAGAUUGGAACAGCAGCAUCUUGAAGAGAUGAGGAGGAAGCAGGAGGAGUCGGUACGACGCGCCCAGGAGGAAGCGGCCAGGUUAGAAGAAGCCAAUAGGAAGGCCAGGGAGGAACAGGAAGAGAGGGCUAGGAGAGAAACUGAAGAGAGACAGAAGGAAGCAGCGGAUAGACAUAGGCAGGAGCUGAUCAGGCAACAAGAGAUACAACGACAACAGGAAACGCUACAGAGGUUGCAGCAGCAACAAGCCCAGCAGCAAGCACAACAAAAGCAACAGCAGCAGCAGCAACAACAGCAGCAGCAAAACCAACCCCCAGCUUUGCCAAGCAGUGCCAUGUGGGCUCAGCGCAAUGCUACAACUUCCACCAGUGGACCAACUCUACAACAGAUACAACAGAUGCAGAAACAACAAGAUGAGAUAGAGAGAAAUGAGAGGCAGAAAAAGUUGCAGGCACAGAUGUUGCAGCAGAAGCAGCAACAGAACGCUCAGAACAGACAAGCAGGAUGGGGUGCGACCAAUCCAAGCAGCAGUAGUAACAACAUGAGUCAGUCUACCAAGUCGCUACGUGAGAUUCAAGAAGAGCAAGCAAGACAGCAGAUGGAAAGAGGAAAGGCCAAACAGAAUGAACAGAAUAAAGGAAUGACCUUCUCUUCAGCUGCAGUGUGGGGUAGCAGUGGGGCAAACACCUCCCUUGCUUGGUCCGGUGACCAUGCUAGCAGCGAUAGGGGCAGUGGUGGGGGUGGUGGCAGUAAUGUGUGGGGUGACCAGCCCAGGACCGUGACAUCAUCUUCAGCCAACGUGGGCUUCUGGGAUGAGUGUGCUAGAGAUAACAUGAGCAAAUCAAACAAUACAAACUUCCCAUCUCUUAGAAGUGUAGCAGCCAAUAUCAACCCGAUUUCUGCCCCACCAGCUAGGAACACUGCCCCUGUUAACAGCAACAAGGCUAGGACAAAAGAAGAGGAGGCUGUGAGGAAACUGUUUCAAACCAACCCUGCUUCAUCGGAAUUUGGUCAGUGGUGUGAGAUGGAACUGAAGAGAAUGAGACCACCUGUGGAUGUUCCUACCUUUGUGUCAUUCCUGCAAGACAUAGAUUCACCGUAUGAGGUUCAUGAAUACGUCAAGAUGUACCUGGGCGACACUCCGGAGAGCUCCAACUUUGCCCGGCAGUUCCUUGAACGGAGAAGCAGACAACGGGAUCAGCAACGCCAGCAGAAAGAAGUGGAAUCCGCUUGGCUUGGGAACAAAUCGAGCCUGCCCGGCCACCACAUGCCGACCGCUACGGUGCCCUCUACCGCCCCUCACCAGCAGACACAGAUGGGAGAUUGGGAGAGCGUCAGUAGGAACAACCGCAAGCAGAAAAAGAAGAUGCAACGUGUCGACCCCCGCAUCCUCGGAUUUAGCGUGAAUGCCGCCGAGCGCAUCAACAUGGGUGAAAUCCAAACCAUCGAUGACUGAACAGGGUCCACUUGAGCACGAAAGUUAUGUGAACGCGAAAUAAUGUCAUUGUUUUUUUAUCGACUCUACAGGGCGGCACUGCUGGUGGGGAAUGCAUAUGUGAACUGGUUUGUCAUUCCCACCAUGCAGCUGGGAAUGGGUUGAUGCUUGUGCUCUUCACAUAUGGCGGAGUGGUAAAGAGACUUGUAUGAUGCUGAAGGAGUAUCGUUCCAGCUGCCACGUAUCACUAAAUCAUUAGGAAGGAAAAAACGUUACCAGUAAGCAAGAUGAAUAUCCCUUUUUGCAGAGGUACAGAGAGAAUUUAAAAGAGGUUUGUCGAGACAUGAUUUUGUAUGGGUUUGCACAAAAAUGAAGAGUAAGCAGUAAUUACGGGGAAUUAUAUCUAAUUAUGGCUGGCACAAGUAUUAGCCAGGCAAUCUCCUCUCAUUAUCUCCAAUACAGUCGUUAUUAUGAAGAGAAAGCUCAGAGCAAGAAAUCAUCAAUUAUCUGGUGUUUAAGUCUGGUUAAAAAUUGAGAAUAAGUCUUUCUGUUGAGAAGCAUGUGUGUGCAUCAUUGUACCUUGUUUUAUUUUCCAAACGGGACUGAAAUGGGCCUCGAAAAGUGUUGGGGCUCUCUUGGGCUUGUGUCAUAAAGAUUUACGAAUAUUGUUUACUGGCCAAAUGGCAACUACCACGGUAGCAGGGCUCAGCUGCCAAUUAUAAUCAAGGUUACCAUGGUAGUCGGCAUCAUGGCAAAGUUACAAUAGUUUUGACUCUACGUGAAACCUGGCCCCAGUUUAUUGCUACAAUCAUAAUACAUUAAAAAUCAAACAUUUUUUCAUAUUUGACCAAUAUUUGGAUGAUUUUUAUUGAGAAAUCAAAAAAGACAUGAAGUUUCGGUGAAUGAUUUGAUAAUGAAUUCCACAGUAUAUCUUAUCCCUAAAUAUUAUAUUUCAACAGUUAAGGUUGAAGUAAUGGGAGUGUUCAUCUCUAACUACGUCAUGGGACUCUAAUGUACGGGGGCAGACUGCCCCCCCCCCCCCC